AUGUGGAUUUUUGGAUAUGGAUCACUGCUAUGGAAUCCAAAUUUUGCCUUUGUACAGCAAGUUCCAGGUGUCGUAAAGGGCUAUGCACGAAGGUUCUGGCAAAAAAGUCCUGAUCAUCGUGGAACUCCCGAAAAGCCCGGCCGUACUGUCACCCUGGUUCCGGAUGAGAAGUUUGUCUGCUGGGGAAUAGCUUUCAAAGUAGCUGAUGAAAACGUAGUUGCGACCCGUAAGUAUUUGGAUUUUCGGGAGAAGGCGGGAUACUCGUUGAAGAAAAUGACGUUCAUACCAGAUGAUGCCUCCCUUAAACCAUUUGAUGUGGAGGCUCCCCAUUGCCCUGAUGAGCAUGUGUUUGCUGUCGAACGGCGUGUUUUGGAAUUGUGCCGCACUAAGGGAGUUCGUAAGGACAUUUUGAAGAAGUUGGGAUACGCAACAUCAGAUAAGAAGAACUGA